AUGCACAUCCUUUUGGAAGGUGUCAUUCCACUGACCAUUCGACUAUUACUUUCACAUUUCACAGAAGACAGACACUUUUUCACCCUUGACAAUUUGAACUCUAGAAUUAACGGACACAACUACAACUACCAACUGACAAGAACGAAACCUAACAUCAUUUACGCCAACCAACUAUCAACAGACGACCCAUCGACAAAACUUAAACAGACUGCAUCUCAAAUGCAUGUUCUCUUAAGGCUUCUUCCUUUUUAUAUUCACGAUUAUGUUGACCUGGAUGAUGAACACUGGACCCUUCUGAAACUGUUACUGGCAAUAACUUCUAUCUCAUUCGCAAGUAGUGUAACUGUCGAAACUGUUUCUGAUUUAAAGACUAAAAUUGCUGAAUAUCUCACUCUCUUCAAAAAAUUAUUCCCAGACACACCUUUAACUCCGAAGCAACAUUUUCUUGUACAUUUCCCUCGUUUUAUUCUUACACUAGGACCUCUUGAAAACCUGUGGGCUAUGCGCUUUGAAGCCAAGCACCAAUACUUUAAAGAGCUUCGUCGUGUAGCCAGUUACAAGAACAUAACAUAUUCUGUAAUGAAACGGCAUCUGCAAAAGUCAUGCGCAGAUAGGAUAGGGGGUUAUAUGUGGGAGGACGUGCAGAAAGGCCCUUUAAAGGGACUUGUUCAGUUCGAGGGUCUUCUUCGCAGCAUUUCAGGACAGGUCUCCCUUGAAAUAAAGGAUGUCACCUCUGUGGAUUCGUGCCGUUGGAUAAUUAUUAAUGGUACCAAAUAUGUGUGCGACGAAUGCGUGGUGUUGAUUAAGGACGAGGACGAGGAUGAGAGUACUACAUUUGCUCAAUUGACAGAGAUGUACAUUUUGAAUAUCGGCUUGUUUGUGUUUGCUGUGAUACCUUUGGAUACCGUCUGCUUUGAUGAUGACUUGCAAUCAUACGAGGUUCAAUUCAUUGCCAGUUCAAAAGUCUUCACUUUUCCAAAGGAUUUGGCAAGCUACGAAGCUCUUCAUAUAAUAGAUCAUAAAGGCAAGAAAUAUAUAAGCCCCAGAGGAUAUCUCGGAGACGUUGUUUAA